AUGGGCAAACGGGCGAAGCCAGACCCUGUAGAUGCGGAGCUUCCACUUGCGAAAUACUUUGCAUCUUCCGAAAAGCGUGUACGUGAUCGUGCAUCGCGAUCUCUAGCAGCUUUUCUUUUGAAAAGCGCGCGUGAAGACGGCCUUGAUAUGCGUGAUGCCGAGCUUGCUAAAUUAUGGAAAGGUGUUUUUUACUGCUUCUGGAUGUCAGAUAAACCGCUGGUACAGCAGGCACUUGCACAGGAGCUUGCAGAACUUGUGUUACAUGUGGCAGGGAUUGCGACGAACGAAGAACAUGCUGAGGAGAGCGACGCGGUCGAUGGUGACAAGCCGUUGCAGGUUAAAAAAGCACGCGCGCGAGCGCUUACCGCCCUGGAUUUCUACGAUGGAUUUUGGAUGACGAUUGCCUCUGAGUGGCACGGUGUAGAUAAAUUCCGCGUAAACAAGUACUACUUGCUGAUGCGGCGGUACGUGGAGGCAGGGUUCCGUCUCUUGCUCCUGCACAAGUGGGAUUCUGUACUUGUCAAGAAGUUUACCAGUGUGAUGCGAGGAUUGCAUGGGCCUUUAUCCUCCAACAACGUUGGUAUGCCAGACAGCAUUACAUACCACGUGUGCGACAUUUACCUCGACGAGCUCGAGCAGGUUGUAUCCAGUGCGGAUGAGCCAGGGCGAGUCCCAAUCUCUGGUCUACUUUUACCGCUGCUUGAGCUUGCAGCAACGAGUCGCUCGAAGCGCGUGUACGACCGUGUCAUGUCCAGCGCAAUAAAUCCUUUCCUCGAUGCGACUCGUUUGGAUAAUAGGAAAAAGAAACGGCGGCGUGUCGCAGAAGCCAGUCAUGGGGACGACGUGUGCAGAUUUGCGUCAAUCUUUGCACACAUGCACGCUGAUGUAGACGACGGCGAUGAACACGACGACGAGGAAGACGAUGCUGAACUCGACGAAGAUGCACGCCGCAUUCUCUCCAUUCGGCGGCAAACAAUUAAGCAUGCCUUCACUAUUGCCAGCUCGCCAGACGCCUACGUUCCUAGCCGGCGUGCAUUGUACGCGCUUUGGCAGUCGGAGCAACGCACGUAG